CUUAGGAAAAUAAAAUUAUUUAAAUCCUCCCCCUUCAUUUUCGGUGUCGCUACAAUCCAGCGAAAACUUCCCUCUGUCGUCACAACUCAUGGACUUCACCGUCAAAGCUAACGGCGGCUCACCUUCUCCGUCAUCUUCAACCACCCCUCACCGUUUCACGCCCACCGCAACUGCCUCCGACCGAGAUCCGAUGCACUCGUGGUGGGAAUCAGUCUCCAAGCAGCGCUCGCGCAUCCUCUCCCUCUCGUCUCUCCUCUCCUCCUCCGACGGCGAAGAAACUCCGAUCUCCUCGCUAGCGGACUCCGAUCGCCCAGCGCUAUCGCUACUCUCCUCUCGCCCCGCUUACUCCUCGAUCUCAGCUCGUCUCCGCGAUCCGUCUUCCGGAUCCGGAUCCGACCCGCUCUGUCAGUGGCUCUACGAGACAUACCUCUCCUCCGAUCAACCCCUCCGCCUCGUCGUCCUCUCGUUCCUCCCUUUACUCGCCGGGACCUACCUAUCUCGAAUCCACUCCUCCUCCCUCCCUUCCCUCUCGGGAUUCGAGGCCGUGCUCCUCGCGAUCUACGCCGCCGAGGUGAAAUCCCGCGCCGGGAAAGCGGUGCUAGUUCACGUCCCCGAUCUCUCCCAGCCGUCGCUCUACCACACGCCGCGGAACGGAGGAUCGCGCGACCCGAGCCACCACGUGGCCGCCUCCUCCGUUGGAGUCUUGUCUCCGCAGCUGGAGCCUCAGGUCGCUGUGAAGUCGACGAAACGAGCCGGGAUAGUCGGCGUGGGGAUGCAGUGCUACUUCAAGGAGAUCUCUCAGAUGCCGGCUUGGUCUAAGCUCGAGCUGUGUGGCUUCGCCGCUGCUUGGGCUGGUCAAGACUGUGAUUGCAAGGGGAAGAUCGAUGGGGAUGGAGAUAAAGUGUUGGCGUUGACUAAUGGAAUUGGAGAUUCGUCUUCUUUCAAUGGAAGCAGUGAGAUCGAGAUCGAGGACGAGGAGGAGGAACAGCUUGUUAGCGAUAACGGAGUUGGAGGAGGAGGUGUGAGGAUUCCACUUCCGUGGGAGCUGCUACAGCCAAUUCUACGGAUUCUUGGUCACUGCUUGCUUAGUCCGUUGAAUAGUGAAGAUGUUAAAGACGCAGCUUCCAAUGCGGUGAGGUCGUUGUACGCGAGAGCUUCUCAUGAUUUGAACCCGCAGGCGAUUCUAGCGACAAGGAGUUUAGUUAACCUUGAUGCAAGCGCGCGGAGAGCUGCGAAGACUGCGGCUGCGGAGAGUGUUGUUGAUGGGUCGUCGUCGAGUGUUAACACUCCAAGUAAGUCGAAGAAACCAGAGAUUUUUCUGUCAUCAAAGUGAGUUAAAUUGAGUGCUCUUUCUUUUGGGUUUUUGUGAAGGUUUAUGUGUUGUUGAAUAUGAUGAGACAAAUGUAGAAUCCUUGUUGUAUGAUAUCAUUUGCUUGAGUGGUUUUCAUUA